AUGGGCCGUCAGUGCAGGGACCCCGGGCGCGGCCCGGGGCAGAGGGCAGCACCAGGAGCCGGGGGCGGCCAUGGGAGCAGGACGGAGCUCAGCGUCGCCCCGCCCCCGCCGCCGGGCCCGCCCCCCCCCGCCCCCCCCCCCUCAGUGACGCCCCGCCUUCCUCAGCACCGCCCCGCCUUCCUCAGCACCGCCCCGAUUGCCAGCAGCCUGCAAGGCUCCACAGCCGAGCCGACUGCGCGUGCGCGUUCUACCCGCGGCCUGCCACUCACGCGCCGGAGCCGGCCGGGGCCCCGCCUGGCCCCGCCCUCACGGGCCGCGAGAAUCAAUGUAAGACAAGAUCCCAGCAUCCCUACCUAUGGGCUCCAAUAAUCUACCUCAAUCAACACCAGGCUACAGGACUGCUAUGUGGUCCCACCAUCUGUGCAGUCAGAACGGGUGCAGAGCAGACUAGCACCCAGCACCAGAAAGUUCAAAGGAGAAAAAGGAACAGUCAGCCAAGAUCUUAAGGACAGAUAUGCCAAACAUGCAGCCACUACCCAAGUGUUGUCCAGGGACAGUGGAUGGCAGUCUGGAAGGCCGGAAACCCAAGAGGAACAGCAGUUGGAGGUCAUGCCAACCAUCCAUGGCAUCCUCCCUGAGGGUUUCCAGGCUUUGUACCACACUGUGGUAGAGUUCAUGUUGUGAGAUCCUUCUGGAAGCCCCAAGAGGUACAGCUCAGAGAUAGGCAAGGCCAUUAAACAAAGGCUCUGGGAAGCUUUGCACAGUCAACUGCCACCAGGAGUGCAUGGAGGGACCUGAAGCUGGGAGGGAGUAUGGCUGCUG